AACACAACUGCCAGCUGAUAAAUGUUUCGUCAAGUGAAAUGUCAAAUCCGCCACAGUUUGCCGGCAUUGUUUAUUUAUAAAAUGUGUUUCAGAUCGAACGUGUUUAGGCUGCGAAAAUUGGUUUUUACUGAAAAUGUACGUUAUUACGCGGGUAUCUAUCAGAAAAAUCCACAACUCAAGCCAGCGACUGCAACGAUUGAAACAAUCAAGGCCAAACUCACCGAGACCAAUACACCAACGAUGGAAGAAUGGAAAAACAUUCGGUUGGACAUACUGAAUGAACGAAGGUUCAACACUACAAAUGUUGAUAGCGUUGUGCUUGGGCUUUGCCCUAACUUGCGAAUCGGAAAAUCUUACAUCAGUUUUUUGCAACAGCAAGGACUACAAACAAACCUGGCCAUUGUUGGAAAGUUGCUACGGCUGUACCGUUUAACGGAGGACAAGAUAAGCGAGAAAGAUGAGGCUGAUAUUUGGCGGAUGUACACUGAACUGCGUGAACAGAAUGCGAUUCUCGAUGCCAAUUCCUGCGAGCAUGCGAUCAAUGCGCUGACGCUUACUAAGCACUGGAGGCAUUGUUUGGAGUUGUUGGAAAUGAUCAAAAUCACUGGGACACCCGAUAGCUCAUCGUACAAUUGUAUCGCUACAAAAGCUUUCCAGACUGAAGACGAAUCAACGGGCUGGAUAAUGUUGCAGGAAAUGUGUGAGAACAAGCGGAUUCCAAACGACGAUAGCUUUCUAGCUUGGAUUGAAUAUAGCCGUAAUCAGGAAGGUCAAAGUUUUUCGACAAACCUGGAACGAAUGCUACAAUUCACCAACGAUCAUGGUGUAUUCCUAUCGAAACGCCUCGGAAAAGAGUUGUGCCAGCUGCCGCAAGAUCUCGGCGUCAGUGUGCAUGAAACUCGUAUCACGGAUAGUGGAAAGUGUUCCCACUGCAAAGGAAAUCUCUCUAGCAUUGUCGUAUCGAAAGAUAUGUUUCAGCGGAUGAAAGACGCAUUUCUCGAGGCGGUGCUUAUCAAUAGAGAGAUUUUUAAUCGAACUACCCCAGAAGAGUUGAACCGUUUUCAAACGUUUCUUAAGAAAACUCUCCCGUACGAUGUGGUGAUCGACGGUUUGAAUGUGGCUUUCUCUUCCGGUAUUCAAAAAAAUCCUACCGUUUACGCCCAACAAGUAGCCGCCGUUGUGCGGCACUACGUCCGCCAAAAGAAGCGAGUGCUUGUGAUAGGACGACGGCAUAUGGACAAGUGGAGAUCAAAGGAGAUGAAGUACAUUCGCGAAAACAGUUUUCUGUUCCUUACGGAAGAUUUGUCCCAGGACGAUCCUUUUCUGUUGUACGCUGCGCUGGAAAGCGGUCCAAAGACAGAUUUCUUUUCGCGAGAUCUCAUGCGAAAGCAUUCAUUUAUGCUGGGAAAUGAACUGAGUGGUGUAUUUAAACGCUGGCAACAGGAACAUCAGUACUCACUGCUUUCCAUCAUGCCAGAUGGGCGUGUUAUUAUAAAGGCCCCGUUCAAGUAUGAACUGUACGCGCAUAAAUCCUGUGCAAACCGAUGGCACGUGCCGCUGGUUGAGUAUGGGAAUCGUAUUCCAAAGAUCGAAAAGCAAAACGAUUGGCUUUGUAUGAGCAUCAAAUGAAGCAAACAAAUAUAGUGGUAGAAUAAAUAAAGUUAAGAAAUUGCUAGAAGAAUGUUAAA